CUCGUGAGUCAUUCGGAUACACGAUUCAAAAUGUCGGGUAUCCUGAAGCGGUACAGUAUGAGGAGCGGGAAGGUUCAUGACGAGUCGUGCACGUGGGACAAGUGUGGCGUGAAAGUUGUCUUCGCUGUGUGUGUAACAUUGCUGUGCAUCGGGCUCAUCUUAAUCAUUGUGUUUGAGACCCAGAGAGCCGGUCCCGCGCCCAAACCAUGGAAACAGUUCCGUUUACCGGACACGUUAAUUCCAGUCCACUACGACGUGGAAGUGCAAGCUGACUUGACGACCUUCGAUCUGAUUGGUCGGGUUGACAUCUCUGUCAGGUGUGCCACGCCCACUAGUUACGUCAUCCUCCACAGUUCGGAGCAGGAGAUCGACAGGAAUUCCGCGCCAACGGUACGGGGGAGUGACGGCCGGAACGCGCCCACUGUGACGUCAUGGUUUCUGUUUCCUGAGAAUGAAUUCCUCGUCUUGGAACUAAGCGAAAAUCUGAAGGAGGGUGAACUCUAUAUCGUCACCAUCAACUUCAACGGUGCGGUACGGGCGGCACUCAACGGCUUCUACAGGUCAUCCUAUGUCAACGAACAGGGACAAACGAGAUACUUGGGAAUAACCGACUUUCAGCCCCAGGAUGCUCGGAAAGCCUACCCAUGCUUUGACGAACCAGCUUUCAAGGCUACUUUCAAUGUGACAGUGGUCCACCAACCGGAGUAUACCGCUCUGUCCAACAUGCCCAGGGAAUCCACCGAAAUCAGAGGAGGAGGCUGGGUCGCUGACAAGUUCCAGAAGAUGAUCAGGAUGCCGACAUAUCUCCUGGCCUUUGGUGUGUCUGACUUUGACUCUAUCGGCUCUAACACAUCAACAGGGAUAGAGACGAGGAUCUGGGCCCGUCCCGAGUACAUCGCUGCCGGGAUGGGUGAUUUCGGGCUGGAUGUUGCCAACAGAGUCGUGGUGUAUUUUGAGGACUACUUUGGUGUGCCCUUCCCGCUACCUAAAAUCGACCACAUCGCCCUUCCUGACUUCAACUCGGGCGCCAUGGAGAACUGGGGCCUCAUCACCUACCGAGAGACCAGACUGCUGUAUGACACCAACGCACCCUCAGCUGAAGUCAGGAAGGCAACAGCGCGCAUCAUCGCUCACGAGCUGGCUCACAUGUGGUUCGGUAAUUUGGUCACGAUGGAAUGGUGGGACGGAACGUGGUUGAACGAAGGCUUCGCCAGUUACAUCCAGUACAAGGGUUUGGAUUUCGUAGACCCCGGGAUGAAUGUGAUGGAGCACUUUGCAUAUGAUAGGUCUCAGUCUGUCAUGGUGGAUGACUCUCUGACGUCAUCUAAUCCAGUUUACCGACCAAUCACCACCGCUGAUGACGUCACGCAAGUAUUCGGCAGCAUUAUAUACAGCAAGGGAGCUUCCAUUUUGAGAAUGUUGGAGAACUUCAUAGGAGAAGAGACCUUCAAGAAGGCCUUGAAGAACUACCUCAGCAAAAACGCAUACGGGAAUGCAGUACAGGAUCAACUGUGGGCGGAGCUUACCACGGCCGCCAGAGAGGACGGUCAGACCGACCUUGACGUCAAAGCCGUGAUGGACACCUGGACAGUACAGAUGGGUUAUCCUGUGGUCAACAUGACUAGAGAUUACACAAGAGGAACGGCGGAAGUGGCGCAGCAACACUUCUUGGUCGACUCAGCCGCCACCGUCAGUGUGCCGUCAGAGCUCGGGUACCGAUGGUACAUACCCCUGACCUACUUAACACAAGCAAAUCUUGCAAACUCACCGGUACAGACAUGGAUGGCACCUGAUGAAGGAACUAAGGUGAUAACUCUACAGGGCGCCUCUGCAAAUGAGUUUGUCCUCGCUAACAUCAACCAUGCAGGCUUCUACAGGGUCAACUAUGACCCCACCAACUGGCAGCUGCUGGCCGACCACCUCAACAGUGAUGCUUUUGAGGAUAUCCCAGCCGACAACAGAGGAACACUUGUUGAUGAUGCCUUCAACCUUGCAAGGGCCGGUAUGUUGGACCUGACCACAGCUAUGAGCAUGACGCAGUACCUGGUGAGAGACCGACACUUCAUACCGUGGAGCAUGGCGCUACGGGCUACCGGGUACAUCGAGAAUGUGGUGGGCUCUGUAACUGAGAUCUCCAACCUAUGGCAGCCCUACAUGCGGCAACUGAUCAGUCCGUUCUACGAGGACGUCGGCUGGACCCUUCAAGAGGGCGAUUACAACACAGAGGUCGGGCAAGUCGAGGCGCUCUCCACAGCGUGUAAGUACGGCAACGGCAGAUGUGUGAACAACGCUACCAUGAUGUUUGAUCAGUGGAUGAACACAAACAACAAUAGUCACAUACCCGAGAGGCUGAAGUCCACGGUGUACUGUACAGCCAUCAAACAUGGCGGCAAUCUGGAAUGGGACUUCGCUUGGCAGGAGUACUUAUCGGCCGAGGCCUCGGAACAGACUCUGCUGAUAUCUGCCCUGGCUUGCACCCAGGAUAUCGAUAUAUUAAACACCUACCUGGAGAGAAGCCAGGACGACAGCUUGGUACGGAGACAGAACGGUCCACUGGUGGUGAGGUACAUCGGGAGGAACAGUGUGGGCAAGUCUGUGGCCUGGAGCUUCCUCAGGGACAACUGGGACUUCUACUUUGACACCUAUGACGGCACGUCAUUCACCAUGACGGGUAUCGUGGAAGACGUCACCAGCCAGUUCAGCACCCAGGAGGACCUAGACGAGCUGGAGACAUUCUUGGCGGCCCAUCCGAACCAGGGCACGGCUACCCAGGCCUUCUCUCAGGCCGUGGAGAACACCCAGGCCAACAUCAGGUGGCGCCGGGACAACGAGGACAAGCUCCGCACCUGGCUACAGGCACAGGCCUAGGGGUAGAGGGAGGACCCGGAAGGGAGCAUCUUCAACAGUUUUCAUGAGAUAUACGAUUUGUCCACUCUAAGGAUUUCAAUUUGUUCCAAAAAGACUUUUGUUUAUGAUUUUUCCUCAAAUUAUUUGCCAUUAAUUCAAAAUGGAUGACAGAAUACAUGUAAGUACUAGUAAUUGUUGGAAAGGAGCUUCACUGUAUGUAGUCAGACUAAGGCUGAGUUUUCAGUCUUUCCUCAGUUAAAAAGUUGUUGACGCAUGAUUAAAAGUUCACUGUGUGAUAUGAUAUGAUGUGAUAUGAUAUGACAUGAUAUUAUAUGGUAUGAUAUGAUAUGAUAUGAUACGAUGUCAUAUACGAAAACAAAUGCUAUUAUGACUUAAGCGCUGCUGUGCUGUAAUCAAUAAUGUUAAUAAUCAAUCCAGCUGGCUAUUGUAGUGUACAGUACUACUAGCAUUUGUUUGUUCUACAUAGAUAAAGCUUUGAUAAACCACCACGUAGCCGCACAUAAUUUGAUGCGAGUCGGUACAGGGCACAGUGUGUAUUUUCCAGACUGGUAUUUUCUGAAUACUAUUAGAACAUGUAGAGAUUAAAUUGUAUCAUCGGCCUAUUAAAACAUGAUGUGGAUUGGA